AUGACACAGGGCAGGCUUGACCUGAUCAAUAUGGUGCGUGAGGCCAUCCUGCGUGAAGUCUUGCUCAAGUGUCAAGACGGUGUGGUUGGCCGAUUACCGAGAGGCUUCGGCAACGACCUUGCGACAAAGUAUGGUUGCCACGUGUCGUCCGUUCGUCGCAGCAUAGCUCGAGCAAAGGCACAGGGCAUAGCGUCUGGAAACAUGCAAGUGUGUGUAGCUAACCGAAAGAAAGUUCGCGUUGGCCGGAAGAUAAAGUACACGGCUUCCCAGGCGCGAGAAAAGCUCUUGCAGGUUCCAUCCACUGCGAGAGCGUACAUCAUUGCGAUCCAUCUCCGCCAAAACCGUUACGGCACAUUGCAUCGGUAUCUCAAGCGUGGUGUGUUCCGUGCGCACUCAAAUGCUAUCCGUCCUAUGCUUACCGACGUCAACAAAUACUGCCGACUGAAAUUUGAGCUCAAUUUUAUGGCGCCCGGACAAGAUAUGUGCGAAAUGCUGGACUACGUUCACCUCGACGAAAAAUGGUUCUAUUUGACCUUAGUAAAUCGCAAGUUCUAUCUCGUCCCAGGCGAGAAGCCACCGGAGCGCAAGUGCAAGAGCAAGCGAUUCAUUACGAAGGUUAUGUUCUUGACGGCGGUGGCACGGCCUCGGCUCAACGAGGACACCGGUGUUUGGUGGGACGGCAAAAUCGGAACGUGGCCCUUCGUCAAGCAAGCCGCGGCUCUCCGCUCAAGCGUCAACCGAGAAGCUGGCACGAUUGAAACCAAGGUCAUCAGCGUCACAAAGGAUGUCUACCGUGCGUACCUGCUGGGGAAAGUGCUGGCAGCGUUGGUCCAAAAAUGGCCCAGUCGUGGACGAACCAUCAUGCUUCAGCAUGACAACGCCCGGGCACACGUAACCACGUCCGACGCCAAGCUACAGGAGAGUUUCCGUCAAUAUGCGGUACAAGGGUGGUCGUUUCAACUUGCCCCACAGCCGGCAAACUCGCCUGACCUCAACGUCUUGGACUUGGGCUUCUUCGCGGCACUGCAGUCCCUACAACAUCGUGAGUCCGCGCGCACCAUCGAUGACUUGGUGGCCAAUGUGGCGAAAGCAUUCAAGGACUAUCCGUUCGAGCGGCUCGAUCAUACCUUCAUGACGCUGCAAUCUUGUCUACUGGAGACAAUCAGAGUGGCCGGCGACAACACGUACAAGAUUCCGCACUUGCGAAAGCAGCGACAAGCAAGAUUGGGCAUCUUACCUCGCAACCUCAUUUGCCCGACGGAAGACUACCGCGACGGCACGGCCAAGUUGAGCGCUAUCGACGCGGUCGCGUAUGAACGUGCUAUGGAGACAGAGUUGGAUGAGCUUCGGACGGCUGACGAACUGUCGACGUACCUUAAGAGCAUGACACUGGACUCCGAUGUCACGGCUGCCUUGGAAGCUGCAGGACUUGAAGCUAACUCGGACAGAGCUCUGCCAUCGUGUGGUCAAAUGAAGUGCAUUCUGCAGGAAUGA